CUGAGCGCUGCCUGUUCAGACAACAGACACGCGAGGUCAGGAAGAAGCCGCUUAUAAAUUACCGCUUCCUCCGCGCGGCCGCCAGCGCCGAGCUCCGCGCCCUGGCCCCGGCCGCUGCCCAGCCAUCGGGACCUCCAGCCCGGACGCCGAUCGGCGCCCAGAGCGAGAGCGGAGCGCAGAGCCCGCGGGCCACAGACCGAGCGGGCGGGCAGCUCCCGGCCAGUGCCACCGAGCGCCGCCGAGCGCAGCGCGCCGGCCACCGCAGGUCCAGAACCAGAACCACAGUCCCUUCUGAGGAGGCUCCAGCAUAAAGUGAUCCAAUGGCCACCAAGGAGAAGCUGCAGUGUCUGAAAGACUUCCACAAAGACAUCUUGAAGCCGUCUCCGGGGAAGAGCCCGGGUACCCGGCCCGAGGACGAGGCCGAGGGGAAACCCCCGCAGCGGGAGAAGUGGGCGAGCAAGAUCGACUUUGUGCUGUCCGUGGCCGGUGGCUUCGUGGGCUUGGGCAACGUCUGGCGCUUCCCGUACCUCUGCUACAAAAAUGGUGGAGGUGCGUUUCUCAUUCCGUAUUUCAUUUUCCUGUUUGGGAGUGGCCUGCCUGUGUUUUUCCUGGAGGUCAUCAUAGGCCAGUACACCUCUGAAGGAGGCAUCACCUGCUGGGAGAAGAUCUGCCCCCUGUUCUCUGGCAUCGGCUACGCGUCCAUUGUGAUCGUCUCCCUGCUCAACGUGUACUACAUCGUCAUCCUGGCCUGGGCCACCUACUACCUGUUCCACUCCUUCCAGAGGGAGCUGCCCUGGGCACACUGCAACCACAGCUGGAACACCCCCUACUGCCUGGAGGACACCAUGCGCAAGAACAAGAGUCUCUGGGUCACCAUCAGCGCCUACAACUACACGUCCCCAGUCAUCGAGUUCUGGGAGCGCAACGUGCUCAGCCUGUCCUCUGGAAUCGACGAGCCGGGCGCUCUGAAGUGGGACCUGGCUCUCUGCCUCCUGCUGGUGUGGCUGGUCUGUUUCUUUUGCAUCUGGAAGGGUGUCAGGUCCACGGGGAAGGUGGUCUACUUCACGGCGACUUUCCCAUUCGCCAUGCUCUUGGUGCUGCUGAUCCGUGGGCUGACGCUGCCCGGCGCAGGCGCGGGCAUCAAGUUCUACCUGUACCCCGACAUCACCCGCCUGGAGGACCCGCAGGUGUGGAUUGACGCUGGGACUCAAAUAUUCUUCUCCUAUGCCAUCUGCCUGGGGGCUAUGACGUCACUGGGGAGCUACAACAAGUACAAAUACAACUCGUACAGGGACUGUAUGCUGCUGGGAUGCCUGAACAGUGGUACCAGUUUUGUGUCUGGCUUCGCAAUUUUUUCCAUCCUGGGCUUCAUGGCACAAGAGCAAGGGGUGGACAUUGCUGAUGUGGCUGAGUCAGGUCCGGGCCUGGCCUUCAUCGCCUACCCCAAGGCCGUGACGAUGAUGCCGCUCCCCACCUUCUGGUCCAUUCUCUUCUUCAUUAUGCUUCUCUUGCUCGGACUGGAUAGUCAGUUUGUUGAAGUCGAAGGACAGAUCACGUCCUUGGUUGAUCUUUACCCGUCCUUCCUAAGGAAGGGUCAUCGCCGGGAAGUCUUCAUCGCCAUCGUGUGUGGCAUCAGCUACCUGCUGGGGCUGACGAUGGUGACGGAGGGUGGCAUGUAUGUGUUUCAACUCUUUGACUACUAUGCAGCUAGCGGUGUAUGCCUUUUGUGGGUUGCAUUCUUUGAAUGUUUUGUUAUUGCCUGGAUAUAUGGUGGUGAUAACUUUUAUGAUGGUAUUGAGGACAUGAUCGGCUAUCGGCCUGGGCCCUGGAUGAAGUACAGCUGGGCUGUCAUUACCCCCGUCCUCUGCGUUGGAUGUUUUAUCUUCUCUCUCGCCAAGUACGUCCCCCUGACCUACAAUAAAGUCUACGUGUACCCAGACUGGGCCAUCGGGCUGGGCUGGGGCCUGGCCCUGUCGUCCAUGAUGUGCAUCCCUCUGGUCAUCCUCAUCCGCCUCUGCCAGACGGAGGGGCCGUUCCGCGUGAGAGUCAAGUACCUCCUGACCCCGAGGGAACCCAACCACUGGGCUGUGGAGUGUGCCGGGGCCAAGCCCCACGACUCUCGGGUCACCGUCAACGGGACUCUCAUGAAACCCACUCAUAUCAUCGUGGAGACCAUGAUACAUACUCUGACCACUUGAAUCCAUCUUCUUGCCAGCAAUAGACACCAUUUUUCAAAAAAGCAAUUUUUUCGGUGCUUGGCCGAGCUGGCGGAAAUCUCUGCCCCCAAAGAAAAAGGCAAGACCAAAUGAGAUCCCGGGCACAGCGGAUCUCCAGCCUGAAGGUGGGGUUCUCCCUACACCUGGUCCAGGGGGAAGGAGGCUGUGGCGCAGAGGCCCCGAGACGGGCCGGACCCAGAGGCCUGGAAGGACACAGGACUCCCCAGAGGAUGCGACCUUGAUCUUAGCCAAGAAUGAACCUGCCAAAAGUCAAUGAACCAAUCACUCCCACGAAAGAGGCGGACUGGAGCUCAGAGAUGAAGCUCUUCAAGCACAAGGCCCAGGCAGAGAGCGGUAGAAACCACGGCUCCACAGGCCAAAAAAAUCCCAUCUUUUAUUUUGAGAUCGAGGGCGGAUCAUCAGUAGGACUGUCAGAGUCAAGGGUCCAAGAAGGAGCCAGUGAGAGAUUUGGAGAGGGCUGGUGGGAAGGGAGCUUUUUCCACGCUGUGAGUCCUUGAAAGAUGUGGAUGACUGACAGACCACGGUCCUUUCUGGAACAUUCCAGGCAAAGACCCGAAGCAGGCUCAAGAACACCCGGGAUCUGCUGGAUGGGUCUGUUGCGUCUGAAUGGGAUCCGAGCAGGAUCUGGGUGUCCCCCCCAAGGACGCCUGGAGGGACGAGGGGAGAGGCAGGGAGGCAGAUGGACCAAAGGCUGGGGCCCUGCGUGUUCGCAUGGACCUGGGGCGAGCGGGGGUUUCCCUCCCCAUCUCUCCACCCUCAGCUGGGAGGCUCCUGCCAAGCUCUCACGCACGAUGCCACCCAGGGCCACCCUGGGUCCCUACGCAAAAGUGCCCAGAGUGGCUUCUGAGGUCGGAUCUCGGAUUGAGGUGCACGGCACCCCAAAUCGUCCUCCGCGGCCGGCCCAAGGGCAGCCAUCGGUGGGGGCCGCAGAGAGAAGGCCAAGGACAGUUUUGCAGGUCAGGAUUGUCCAGGGGGCUGGCCCCCCACAGCCGGCGCCCUCCUCAGUGACCAGCAGAGCCCAGCGCCCCCUGAGCCAGGAGGGGAGGCCACACCAUGGACCUGCGGACCCGGCUGACCCCCGACGGCGCCCUGGACGCUCGGUCAAGUUCAGAGUCUCGGCUGAACCCCGCGCCCCGCCACGAUCAUGCCCCGAGGCGGGGACCCCAGUUUGGCUUCGACCUUCGGAGUUGUGGCUCUUGGGAAUCCUGGAAACCCCGGUUGGGGGCUCGGGGUGCCCUCGGUGUCUCCUCGGUGUCCCCGUCCUGAGGGGCCCAUUCUGCACGUCCUGACUUGGAGGAGCUGCUCCUUCUGUUCCCAAAGGUCUCCAGAGACACUCUGCCCAGCGACCCCGAUCCCAUUCCAAACCCUCCGUCCUUGUGACCUGCCCCAAUUUUUCUGUCUGUGUGGUGGCCGUUGUGUCUGAUUGGGAUUCGACUGGCUUGUUUUUUUUUUUUUUUUUUCCUCCUAAUUUUACUGAGUCGCCAUGUGACCCGGUUUUUCCUUUUUGUCUUCUGGAACUUUCUAGAAAACUAACCUCUGUCAUUAACUGAAGAUAGGUGCCCGGCGGGGAGCACAGGGCCUGGGCACGCUGUGGCCACCUGAGCAUUUGGGGUCUCUGGGGUCUCCGCGUCCCCUGCUGGGGCUUUUGGGCCCCACGGGAAAGUUUGCCCCACGGGGUGACCUUCUGCAGAAGAUCCCCAGUCCAAAUUCUAGACCAAAGACGCACACGGGCCGGGUCCCCAGGCCCCCCCUGGAAGACAGGCCACUUGCUACCAGCCUGUUCCUCCCGCGUCCCGGGCACCUGCCUGCCUUCCCUGUCUGUCCUGCUCCAAGCUUUGGCCUGUGUCCUCUGUGACCCUGGAUGUCUUUUCUGUCUCUCGGUGUGAGUGAGACUUGCAAUUCGAGCUCAUGACUGGUUCACCUGCCCCGGGGGCAGUAGGUGGGAGGGUCCCCGCUCUCUGCCUGGGACGGGGCCAGAGAGUCUGCUGUGCACGCGAAUCUGCUGUGCACGCGAAGCCCCGUUGCCCGGGUGGGGACAGGAAGUGAGCGAGACACUCCAAGAUUUUUUUUUUUUUUUUUUUUUAAGAUGCAGAAGUGGGUGGGGGGGUCCCAGGAGGAGACCCCGCAGGGAGAGGCCUCGUGGAUCCGAGGGUCAGGGGGGAGAGGCCUUCCAGGGUCCCCGGUAUAAAGGGGGAAAUGGAGGCCUCCGUCAUGAGGUUCGGCCAGCGUGACCGAGCUGAGUCCCAGUCUCGCCCCAAGGUUAGGGUUUGGGUUCACUUUGAUGACAGAGGGAGCAAAUUCCCUGGUGGUCAGGGACAGGGCGGGAAGCAACCCCACCACCCUCUGAUCCUCCUCCUGGAGGGCCAUCUGGACCCCAGCUGGGGCUCUGUGAGGGUCCCCCUGGCCUCAGGCAGCAGGCCAUCUGUCCCCGCACCCCCUGCACAGGCCCUUCCUCCCUCCCAGCAGCCCCACCUGGGAGCUGGCUUAUUUGCACAAGAUGAAAUCCAGGCCCAGAGAAGCCAGCUGCUCCAAAAGAAAGACCCCUUAGGGUUUCAGCGACAAACCCCCAGGCUCCAGGGCGAGGCGGGACUCCCCAGGGUGACCCCCACCCCAGCCCUGGGUGACGCACGGCUCCUGACAGCCUGCGCCCCCCCCCCCCCCGUCCUCGUCCCCUGAAGAUGGUGGGCAAGCACCCAGAGCCCCUCUGCCUAGCACUGGGGUCUUCUUGUCAUCAUGCAGGUGCCACAACAGCGCCCCGCCGGCCGGCCAGCACCUCCAGGAGGGCCCCUCCUGAUAAAGAGAGGGCGCUGGGCAGCUGACCUAAAGGCAGAGGCGCUCACUUCUCCCCAGGACUCAGCCAGGAAAGGACCCGAGGGACAGAGCCUCAGACCCAGGUGCACACGGGCCACAGCGCUCGGACACCAGGCAGGACAGAAACCCGGGCCCCGCCCAGAGCUGGAGCAGGGGCGGGGCCAGAAGCCAGGCGCCCGGCAUCGCCCCGCCCCCGCCCGGCAUCGCCCCGCCCCCUGCCCCGCCCCUGCCCCGCCCACGACCUUCAAAUACACCUGCUUUUCCUAUAGGAAGCUUUUCCCCUGCACGUCCCUGCUCUGACCAGCUCCCUGGGGGAUGGAGUGUCUCGUUGGGCGUGUGGCUUCCCAUCCAGACGGUGGCUCUUUUUUUUUUUUUUUUUUUUUUCUUUUUCCCCCCUGUGACCCCCAUUCGCCUCCCCAGCCCUUUGCCAACUGUGACUCUGUAUUUAGCACAAAAACAGAGCAGAAAACCUGGGGAUCGCCUCCUUCCAGAACAAUGUCUGGCUCAUCAGGACAUUUUUUUUUUUUUUAAACUUGGAAAUAUUUUUAAGCUCUUUUAAACUUUUGUAAAAAACAAAAUUUUAAAAAAAAUCCAAAAACGAAAAAAAAAAAAAAAAAAAAAAAAGACAGAAACAAAAACAACCAACCGAAAUCCACCAAGAGAGACUCUUUCGGAGGAACAUUUGUGUUUGGCCGGAAUCUUCGGUGUACCCUUCACCCCGCAGCCGACGAGCUUCUGUGUAUGAUGUUUUAUGAUAAAGAAUCCCUGGAUGUCCCAGGGUUUUUCUGUGUUUCUUUUGCUUUUUAGAUAAAUAUGUAUAUCGAUAUUUUAAAUUCAUCUUUGCUUUUUUUAGAGGAGUUUGUAAUCACCUUAUAACAGGACAAUAAACAUUUCCUUUUUAAAAGCCA